AAAGCCGUAUAGAAGUGCUUUAUGGUUUUGUGAGACUCAGACUGAAUCUUUGCUUGAGGAACCCUUUGUUCACUGAUCAAACCAGCUUGUACUUUCAUACCUUCCACCAGUUCCUGAGAACAUUAGAGCCAUCCACUGGUAAACGAGCUGGACUGAAGAACUUUGGACUUGAGAAUAAUCCACUGCAAACCAUGGCCAGCAAGGCCUCGCCCCUUUACCUGGUUUUUGCUCUCCUGUGUACCGACCUAUCUUCAGUCCGACCACCCUCUGAGAGCUGCUUCCUAAGAGUUCCGUAUGUGCGGGUCCUGCCUGAAGGACUCAAAGACCAAACACAGAUCACCAUCCGUGGAGAGCCCAAACCAAACGCUGAAAAAUUCGCCAUUGACAUCUGUAAAGGUGAUGAUAUAGCCUUUCAUUUCAACCCUCGCUUCAAUGAGGAUGGGAAGCAGGUGAUCGUGAGGACCACCAGGAUUAGAGAUGUUUGGGGUCCUGAGGAGAGAGAACUUCCCUUCUUCCCUUUCAGUCCUGGAAAACCCUUUGAGAUCAAGAUUUUGUGCACAUCCUCUGGAUACAGAGUGGAAGUGAACAAUGAGUAUUUGCUGCAUUAUUCACAUCGCAUCAAGGAGCUUCACCAGAUAACACACAUCCAGAUUCGUCAGAACGUGGUCCUCAAGCAUGUUCACAUUGAGAGCUGCUUCCUAAGAGUUCCGUAUGUGCAGGUCCUGCCUGAAGGACUCAAAGACCAAACACAGAUCACCAUCAGUGGAGAGCCCAAACCAAACGCUGAAAAAUUCGCCAUUGACAUCUGUAAAGGUGAUAAUAUAGCCUUUCAUUUCAACCCUCGCUUCAAUGAGGAUGGGAAUCAGGUGAUCGUGAGGACCACCAGGAUUGAAGGUGUUUGGGGUCCUGAGGAGAGAGAACUUCCCUUCUUCCCUUUCAGUCCUGGAAAACCCUUUGAGAUCAAGAUUUUGUGCACAUCCUCUGGAUACAGAGUGGAAGUGAACAAUGAGUAUUUGCUGCAUUAUUCACAUCGCAUCAAGGAGCUUCACCAGAUAACACACAUCCAGAUUCGUCAGAACGUGGUCCUCAAGCAUGUUCACAUUGACUUCACCCCACAAGUUCCUUAUCUGCAAGAUCUGCCUGAAGGACUCACGGACAACGCGCUCAUCACCAUCCGUGGAGAGCCCAAAGGAAACGCUGAAAGAUUCGACAUUAACAUCCAUAAAGGUGAUGAUAUAGCCUUUCAUUUCAACCCUCGCUUCAAUGAGGAUGGGAAUCAGGUGAUCGUGAGGACCACCAGGAUUGAAGGUGUUUGGGGUCCUGAGGAGAGAGAACUUCCCUUCUUCCCUUUCAGUCCUGGAAAACCCUUUGAGAUCAAGAUUUUCUGCACCUCCUCUGACUACAGGGUUGAAGUUGACGGGAAGCAUUUGCUGAAUUAUGGACAUCGUAUGAAGCAGCUUGACCAGAUAACACACCUCUACAUUCAGCAAGAUGUUGUCCUCAAAUAUAUCCACAUAGACUUCACCCUACAAGUUCCUUAUCGGCAAGAUCUGCCUGAAGGACUCACGGACAACGCGCUCAUCACCAUCCGUGGAGAGCCCAAAGCAAACGCUGAAAGAUUCGCCAUUGACAUCUGUAAAGGUGAUGACGUGGCCUUUAAUUUCAACCCUCGCUUCAAUGAGGAUGGGAAGCAGGUGAUCGUGAGGACCACCAGGAUUAGAGAUGUUUGGGGUCCUGAGGAGAGAGAACUUCCCUUCUUCCCUUUCAGUCCUGGAAAACCCUUUGAGAUCAAGAUUUUCUGCACCUCCUCUGACUACAGGGUUGAAGUUGACGGGAAGCAUUUGCUGAAUUAUGGACAUCGUAUGAAGCAGCUUGACCAGAUAACACACCUCUACAUUCAGCAAGAUGUUGUCCUCAAAUAUGUCCGCAUAGACUUCACCCUACAAGUUCCUUAUCAGCAAGAUCUGCCUGAAGGACUCACGGACAACGCGCUCAUCACCAUCCGUGGAGAGCCCAAAGGAAACGCUGAAAGAUUCGCCAUUGACAUCUGUAAAGGUGAUGACGUGGCCUUUAAUUUCAACCCUCGCUUCAAUGAGGAUGGGAAGCAGGUGAUCGUGAGGACCACCAGGAUUAGAGAUGUUUGGGGUACUGAGGAGAGAGAACUUCCCUUCUUCCCUUUCAGUCCUGGAAAACCCUUUGAGAUCAAGAUUUUCUGCACCUCCUCUGACUACAGGGUUGAAGUUGACGGGAAGCAUUUGCUGAAUUAUGGACAUCGUAUGAAGCAGCUUGACCAGAUAACACACCUCUACAUUCAGCAAGAUGUUGUCCUCAAAUAUAUCCACAUAGAACUUUGAGGAGAAACAGCAGACGCUCCUGCAGCAGGAAGGAGAACUGAAACCUGUUUACCUGUUUAGGGUUCAUUCUGAUAUCCAUCUGUUCCUCUAGGUUGUCUGUGUAUCUGCUGAUUGGCUAUGACUACUGAAUACUGUUUACUCAUGUCUGCUGAUUUGCUGAGAUCAUCUUAUACUCAGAGGCUGGCAGAGAGGGAGACAGAGAGAGAGACAGAGAGAGAGAGAGAGACAGACAGAGAGAGAGAGAGAAAGACAGAGAGA